AUGCCACUCGAUAGAUUUCCUAGUUGGCUGUAUGCUGUGUCCUGUGGGCUCCUGCUUCUCUUCCUCCAUGUGCAUGGCCAGGAAGCAGUCAGUCCCAUCAGAAGCACACACACAGGGCAGGUGAGAGGAAGCCUCCUUCAUGUGAAAGACGGUGAUAUUGGUGUCCACACCUUCCUGGGAAUUCCCUUUGCCAAGCCACCUGUAGGAUCACUGCGCUUUGCUCCACCUGAGCCCCCUGAGCCGUGGAGUGGUGUGAGAGAUGGGACCUCCCAUCCAGCCAUGUGUCUUCAGACUGAUAUAAUGAACUCAGAGUUUGCAAAGAAGAUGAAUCUGAUCAUGCCUCCUACUUCUAUGUCUGAGGACUGCCUGUAUCUCAACAUCUACACACCAGCUCAUGCCCAUGAAGGUUCUAACUUACCUGUGAUGGUAUGGAUCCAUGGUGGAGGACUGGCUAUAGGAAUGGCAUCUAUGAAUGAUGGUUCCAUACUGGCAGCUACUGAGGAUAUAGUAAUGGUCUCUAUCCAGUAUCGCUUGGGUAUCCUUGGCUAUUUCAGCACUGGAGACGAGCAUGCCAGAGGCAACUGGGGCUACCUGGACCAAGUAGCUGCCCUACACUGGGUCCAGCAAAAUAUCGCCUUCUUUGGAGGCAACCCUGGCCGGGUCACUAUUUUUGGUGCCUCUGCAGGAGGCACAAGUGUGUCUUCACUUGUUGUGUCCCCAAUGUCCAAAGGACUCUUCCAUGGAGCCAUUAUGCAGAGUGGAGUGGCCCUGCUGCCUGACCUUAUCUCUGAGAAGUCCGAAGUGGUCUACACAGUGAUGGCCAACCUAUCAGGAUGUGAAGCCAAGGACUCAGAGGCCCUGGUACACUGCCUACGAGACAAGACUGAAGCAGAGAUUCUGGCUAUUAACCAGGUCUUCCUUAUGAUCCCUGCUACGGUGGAUGGGACAUUCCUAACUAAGCAUCCUCGGGAGCUGUUGGACUCUGUGGAUUUUCACCCUGUCCCCAGCAUUAUUGGUAUAGACAGUGACGAGUGUGGCUGGGGAAUUCCCUUGAUGAAGGGCCUUGAUCAUGUCAUUAAGAACAUAACCAGAGAGACCCUGUCAGCUCUUCUGAAGAGCACAGCAGCACAAAUGAUGCUGCCUCCUGAAUGUGGUGACCUGCUAAUGGAAGAGUACAUGGGGGGAGUUAAGGACCCCCAGACCCUCCAAGCACAGUUCAGAGAGUUGCUAGAGGACUUCAUGUUUGUGAUUCCUGCACUCCAAGUAGCAUAUUUUCAGCGUUCCCAUGCUCCUGUCUACUUCUAUGAGUUCCAGCAUCAGCCAAGCUACGUCAAGCAUGUCAGACCAUCUCAUGUGAGGGCUGACCACGGUGAUCACCUUCCCUUUGUCUUUGGCUCCCACCUUUGGGGCAUGAAAGUUGACUUCACUGAGGAGGAGAAGCUGCUGAACAGGAGGAUGAUGAAGUACUGGGCCAACUUUGCAAGACAUGGGAACCCCAACAGCGAGGGUCUACCCUACUGGCCUGAGUUGGUCCAUAAUGAGCAGUACCUGAAGCUGGACAUCCAGCCUGCUGUGGGCCGAGCCCUGAAGGCCGAAAAGCUGCGGUUCUGGACAAUAACUCUGCCUCAAAAAAUCCAGGAUAUAAAGGGGACUCAGGUCAAGCAUGCAGAGCUUUAG